CCAGGUGGGAGUGGUUGGAUGAUGUGGAAAGUCGAUCGCUGAGGUCGGCUGCGGAAAGACGGCUCGGGCACUCCUUCCUUUUUCGUGGGUGGCUUUGCUCUCCCGUGCACACCAGCAGUUGCUGCUGCUGCUGCUCCCUGGAGCUCCGGCCCGAAAAGCACAGCAGCUUCCAGCCUGCGGGAAAAGCCAAGCUCGGGUCCGUGCGCACCGCAGCCAAGCGAGAUGGCCUCUGCAAACGACACCCGACAGAUGCCCAAGGAUGCUGCUGACCAAAACUUUGAUUACAUGUUCAAGCUUUUAAUCAUUGGCAACAGCAGCGUAGGCAAGACAUCGUUCCUCUUCCGAUAUGCUGAUGAUUCCUUUACUUCAGACUUUGUUAGUACUGUGGGCAUCGACUUCAAGGUGAAGACUGUCUACAGGAAUGAAAAAAGAGUCAAGCUGCAGAUUUGGGACACAGCUGGCCAAGAGCGGUAUCGGACCAUCACAACAGCCUACUACAGGGGAGCAAUGGGUUUUUUACUCAUGUAUGAUAUUUCCAACCAGGAGUCUUUCAAUGCUGUACAAGACUGGGCAACUCAGAUCAAGACUUACUCCUGGGAUAAUGCUCAAGUGAUUCUGGUUGGGAACAAGUGUGAUCUGGAGGAUGAUCGAGUAAUACCCACUGAAGAUGGCAAGAGGCUUGCUGAUGAACUAGGUUUAGAAUUCUUUGAAGCCAGUGCCAAGGACAAUAUCAAUGUCAAGCAGGUCUUUGAGCGCUUGGUGGACAUAAUCUGCGAGAAGAUGAAUGAGAGCCUGGAUGCAAGCUCUGGCAUGAACAGCACCAAUCACAAGAACACUGCCCUGAACGAGACCCCGGCUUCGCAGUCCAGCAGUUGUUCAUGCUAGACAGGAUUUUGCUCACCACUGAGACCUGCAGUGCCUCACUGCCCUACGUAAAUAAGGAGGAAGGCUCAGCAGAUUGCACAUCUCAUUUGACUGCUGGUUGGCUCAUCUCCCCUGUUUGCCUCUGGCUGUGCCUGUUUGGCCUCUGACAGCAUGCACCAGUUGCCUCCCCUCCUUUUCUCCACAGCACGAUUGGCCUUUUCUGGCAAAGGAGCAUGAUUUCUUUUGCACAUAUGCUCUUCAGUUUAUACUCCCAAUUACAGUGUGUCUCUGCAACCCAGACAAAUAGGCCUUCUCUCUGGCAUUGUGCAAAACUUUCUCCCCACCUCUUCUCAAGAUUCUAGUGCCAAUUAUCUGAUUUGAUUGCUCUCACUUAGUGACUAGAAGUUGAGUAAUUUGUCUCACAUGUAACCUGCAUCUGCAUAACCAUGUUUUCUCCCCACCUUGCCUCUUCCUGAUUUAAAUCCUACAUCAGUUUAACCACUCCAUGCAUCUGAUUAAGUGAGCUCAGUUCGCAAGUUUAUGCCUUUUAAUAAAAUGUUUUAGUUGGAAAAGGUGCUACCAUAUUCCUUCUGACUUUCUGCCAAAUUCAGCCUUCUGCAAUUAUCUCUAUUUAAAAAAUAAAUCCUAUGGCAGCUUGAUGUUGGAUAUCCUCAUUCAGCCAGCCCUUAAGAACUGAAUGUAGGUGAGAGAAAUAUACGUAGAGAAUUUUGAGUGUAGACUGUUCUAUUCAGGACUGUUAACCAUAAGAUGAUGCUCAAUUAGAAAGCAUCCACUCAUCCAAUCUCUUGGGUAUAUAGGAAUACCAAAAGCAAGGGAGGGAGCAACCUUUUAUGGCCUGGGAGACACACUUGCCAUAUCUGCCUUGUCUGGCAUCUGCAGAGUAUGUGGCUAGUGAGGCUAUCAUUGGGUAAGGAAGGGCUGAAAUUUAACUCCACCAGUGGGGAAUGCUUGGAGCAGUGAAGCUUUUAAGGGGCACUGGCCUGCUUUAAGGUUCAGCAACUCUUGAGGUUAAUCCCUUAAAGUGCCUCCCAAUUUAAAAAGUGCCUAAACAUUUUGGCUCUGGAGGCUGUAAAUGAGGUGCUAGAGGCCCAUGUGCCACCUUUGGAUUGCCCAUCCCCCUCAAGCAUCCAUUGCUAAUUACAAAGAUGCCAAAAUGUGUGUUGUGAUGUCAUGACCCAAGCUCUGCCCUUUUGUAUAUCUGUUGCAAUGUGGCACAACAUAUGUAAGGGGUGGAGUUUACAUCACUACAUAUUGGUCCAUUUUUUGGUCUUUCCCUUCCUACAGAUGAGCCUUGUGUUUUUCUCUUGCCUCAAAUUGAAGAAGAGGCAUCUUGAACUCCUGAUGUUGACCCAGAUCAAGAAGACCCUUAACAAAGUGUCUCAAAAGCAUCAGGAGAAUUGACAUUUGCAACUUCCUGAAUGGUGUAAGACAGCACUGGCUGUGAAGCUUAACCUGUACAUUCAGCCUGUAACUUAGUUCACACUCCGACUUUGAGGCUCAGCUUUCCCUCCAAUCAGGCUGGCUGACAUCAUCAGAGCUUCCUUACCUACAGUCAAGCAUCUUUAUAUUGUAUUCCUGUGGAACGUUCAGCAGAUAGUUUAUUGAGGAGAGAGAACAGAAUGCAUGGUUGUCACAAUUGCCAUGCAGCAGUUGGACUAGGAUCUUUUCCAGUUCUCUGGCUCUAGUUUCAGAUCUUCAGAUUUGGUGGUCGAGGGAAGGGAGGGGAGAAUUGCUGUUAUGUAAACUCAACUGAAGUGAAAUAGGACCACUCUCCGGACUUUCAUACAUAUGGAGCUGCCAUUUCUAAGAUGGGUGGUGACAUGGGAAAUGAUGGCAUUGUCCACACCUCCUCAGAUGUAUUUUGUUUCAAACAUAUCCACCUUGUCUUGGUGCCCCAGCCAAUGAUAGUAAGAAACUGAAGGGCUGAUGGGGAGGAGGUAUUUUCAGAGUAUAAAUGGCUUAUCUGUGGCAUAUUAUGAUAGGCAAACUUCCUCCAGCUACAGAAUGGAUUAUCUUGAAACGUCCAGAAUUGAGAAAUAGGUUGGUUUAUCUUAGACCACCUGAAUUUGGACUGCACUCCCCCCAUCUUCUGAGAGAGAACCUUUUGUCCUAUCACAUAUUCUGCAGAAGCAGUUUUCAGCUGCCAUUUUCCAAAUUUCUUUUCUAUCCAUUAUUUUGCAUCUCUGGCUUCAGAUGUUGCUCUAAGAAUGAUAUGUAGGAGGAAGUAAAAUAAAGAUUAAUCUUUAACCACCAUCCCCAACUUUUUUUCUUGCUGCAAGAGAGUAGCAUAGCUACCUUAUGAAGAAUAUAAAAAUAUAAUCUUAUAAUGCAAUCUUCCCAAGAGUUAAUAUAAUGUAUAAAUGAUUAACUUAAAGCUAGCCACAAUUGUUUUAGGGUGAUCAGGAUUAAGACACAAGAAACAUUAAAACACAUACUUACGUUGUCCUGUGGCACACUAGAUACAUUUGCAGAUGCAUUUCUGUUUCCAAGAACUGACUUGGAUGUCCAUCCAUCCAUCCAUCCAUCCAUCCAUCCAUCCAUCCAUCCAUCCAUAGUUUGAAAUAGCUCAGGAGUCAUCCUAGUAAUGAGCUGAUGACAUUUUGAAGAGCUAGUCCAAGUUUUUUCAAAUUAUCCUUCCCAAAGUUCUAUGGGUCUGGAUUUGAACAAGGGCUUCUAUUGUGCAAUUAAAUCUCAUUCCAGAGUCUACCCAUUUAGGGCAAAAGGAUAUGGUAUUACGUGUCAGUGGAAGGGGCAACGAAAGUUUCAUCCUCUGUAUAUAGGAAGAUAAAGGCCCAGGAUGAUCUAAAAGGAGGUGCGCUGACUAUAUGUAGCAAGGAUGGAGAAGAGAUUUUAAAACAAGCAGAUCAAAGGGCUGGUUUAAGUUCAAUAAAAAGGAGAGCAACAUAGAAGGCAACCUUUUGCUCUUAUGUUUUCAAAGAACUCCAUCACAAGAAAUGUAAACUCAUUUGACGUAUGCUGAGUGUUGUUUAAUUUCAAAUUUGCAGAGUUUUGUAUCAGUGCUUUUGUAUCAACUGAAAAAAUUUGGAAUGCCCUACAGUAUUAUAAGUAUAAAUAAAUACUCUGAAAUAAGAUACAUUUUCUAAUAAGGAAGAAUGGAAAUGUCUAAAGAUUUACAAGGGACCUUCUGUAUGAGGACAAGUUCUGUUAUUAAGUAAAUUCAAAUGAAGGCUUUGCUUGGCAUUCAAUAGUGCGUUAUUCUGUUUAGCAGUAUGUCAAAGAUUACUCAAGACUCAAAAGUGAACUCUAUUCAGGAAACAUUCCUUGCAACUUGAAAAUUUUCACUAUGCUUCUUUAAGAUAAGUUUUCUGAUUUACUGUCAACAUUUCCAUAAAGGUUUAUGUGUAUUGUCUUGUC